AUGCUGUCGCAAAGGCCCACUCUGGGAGCAACUCAAAGGAAGAGUCUGCAGCGCCAUUGGUUUAGCUGGGAGAUAAUUUUAUCUGGGAUAACCCUUGUGAUGGAGGCCAUUUCAGCCUCACUUGAACAAACCUCUCCAUAUAAAUUGAAAGCUGCAGUAUAUGGGCUGAUUAUAGCGGCCAUAUCUCUUUUACUUUCCUUCGUACAUCUUGCUUUAAAGGACUAUAAUAAGCACAGCAAAAGUACCGUCAGCAAUGGAGGUCGACAUAAGCCUGGUCAUCACUUGGGGUGGGGAUUUGCUGACACUCUUGGCCUCAUAUUCUCUAUGCUGACUCUAAGCUCUGCUUCCCUUCACUAUUACUAUCUAAGCAAUGGCAAGCAACAGCCCAUUCGGUUUUCAAUGUUGCCUCUUGUCUUCUCUGUUUGUGUUUUCUGCUCAUGUCUUUUUCCACGCCCCAUUGAUAGGUGCAGGUUUCAUCUUUCGAUAGAGCAUGGAGAAGACAGACCAUUUGCUUGUUCGGUCUGCAGGCAUUCACUACACCCGUUGUGCUACUAUGUCUAA